AUGAAAAUUGAUUCAAACAUUUUUUCAGAAGCUCAGACAUUGGCUAAUGAGCCCCAUUUCAAGUAUAUAAUGUUAGGUGUAAUGUGUGGUGCCAUAGUACCAUCUAUUUAUGCCAGACGUUACUUUUCGCAGAAGACAAAUCCUUCUAAUAUAUCUGAACAAACAGAAAAUGCAAUUAAGACAGAGACAAACGAAAAUGGAACUCCAAGACGGUCAUUAAUAGAUGAUGAGUUAACAUAUGAACUUUAUUCUUCCAUUAUUUAG